UCUCACUCCCGCUCGCUCUCGCCAUGCCUUCUCCCCUCCUCCUCCUCCUCCUCCUCCUCUUCCUCUUCCCUCCCCCUUCCACCGCCGCUUCCCCUCCUCCGCCCUCCUCCGAUCUGCUCCGUUCCUCAUGCGUCCACGCCAGGUACCCCCAUCUCUGCCUCCGUACUCUCUCUUCCUACGCUCGUCCCUCCAUUACCCCCAACGACCUCGCUCAGGCCGCCCUCUCCGUCAGCCUCCUUCACGCUCGCCACCUCUCCCGCUUCCUCCACUCCCAUCUUCCCUCCCUCUGCGAGCGGUCCCGCCGCCGCCGACGAGUCGCUCUCCGUGACUGUGCAGAGCAGUUAUCCGAUUCCGUCGACCAGCUCAGCAGGAGCCUCGAGGAGCUCAAGCACCUCCGUAAGUCGACGUUUGAGCUUCAGAUGAGCAACGCCCAGACCUGGGUGAGCGCCGCCAUGACCGACGACGACACCUGCCUUGACGGUCUGAGCCCCGUCCACGACCCCGUGGUUGGCAGGAUAAAGCGCAAGAUCAGUCGAGUCUCCAGGAUCACCAGCAACGCCCUCUACAUGAUCAACCGCCUCUGCGACACCCGCCGGAUGCAAAAGUCCCAACCUUCCAAUUAACUUUCCUCCGUGCUGCUAAUCCGAUGGUAUGAUCAUAAUUGUUGAUGUCAAUUACUAGCUACUUUAAUGUACAAUCUCGCCAUAUGUUAAAUCUGUAUACGUAUUCUGUGUCUAAA